AUGCCUUCCACCAAGUCAAAGACGGUGUCGCCUUCCGAGCUCAAUGAGCCCGAAUACAACCCUGGUCUUGCGGCACAGUAUCGCUUCAACAUGCUCUCCUUCCCCGGGCUGGAAAAGCUCAACGAGAACGACAUCAAGCUAGACGCCAAAGCAAUGGGCUUCAAGAUGCCCGAGGAGGGUGUCCUCACCGCACAACGCUUCCACGUCACUGCCAAAGACGUAGACUCCUGGCACAAAGAUCUGGCCUCGAAGGCACACCGGGCCAUCGCGAAAGGCAAGAAGGAUGCGCGAGCGUCGUACGUCAAAUGGAGCGAGCAUCUCCAGAAAGCCGGUUACAAGGACGUCACGCGGAACCUCGUGCGCAUGGACACGAAAUUGGACAUGGACAUUGACUGCCCGCCAAAGCCCGAGCGGCCCUAUUGGGACCACCCCAUAGAGUGGAUGGAGUCGAAUCUCCGUCCUGAGGUGGCCGCGCGUGAGUUGCGCACGUGGCACGCGAGCGAAAAGGCGUGGGCGGACUUCCGCAAGGACAUGGCGGCGUUCAGUGAUCCUUUCGAGGACCGUCAGUGUCUCCAAGACGAACUGUCCACGCUGUUACAGUCCGUUUGUUUCGAGGGGAGUCCGGUGAAGAGCCCGCGGGGAGGUGAAGAGCCGGGCCCCGAGAUGGGCGGCGGUCAAUUACCCUAUCCGUUUUGUGAGGCGGCGUUCCUCGAAGAGUUUGUCAGCCCCUUGUUCCAGCGGGAGGAAGAGGAAGAGGAACAUGGGUCCAAGGCAACGCUAACGCUGGUCGAUCGACUGAUCAGGAGCGAAGAUACCGCCAUGGAUAUCCUUGCCCUUGUGGACGCCGUGGAGGAGGAGUGGCGGAAAUUGGUCGCUUGUGCGUGA